AUGGUAAAUCUGUAUCCGCAGCUGUCUCCCCAGAUACUUAUGGUGGGUUUCAAUAGAUCUCUUUUCCACCUAGGUCAAAGGGGUAUGCCGCUAUAUAUGCUACACCGAAGUAUGCUCCUAGGUAAGCGACUGCCUUUGGAUCCGCCUCUCGAGCACGAGGGUCGUAUUCAUAAAAGGCUAUCGAUCGUGAAGGUUUGCCUAUGGCUCUGUAUCUACCUCUGUCUGCUGGUGCUUAUUUUGAUAAGCUGCAGGAUCAAUGGCUUAAACUACUGCUUCUUCAACGCUUCUCCUGCGACUUGUUCUCCUUUCGUCCUUGCUCCUGCACGCACCUAA